AUGCCAAGUUUUGAGGAUGCAAUUAAUCAGCUGAAAACUACCUUGAAAAACAGUCAGGCUCACUCAGCAUUCCAAAAUAACCAGUCACAGGAUAAUCUGGAUAUAUAUAGCAAACCGAAACUCAACAAUAAAAGUACUGUGCCAAUUACAGAUUUUAAUAACAUUCCUCAGUUUGCUGAACCUGAAACGGCUGAGCUGAUUACGAUAGAUCCAAGUCAGUCGUUCGUAAGUUUUAACAUUAUAAAUCCGCCAUCAUAUUACAUUACAACUCAUUCAGUUACAAACGCAAGUAGUAGGUUAACAUUUUCAGAACCUGAGUACGAUAGGUAUUAUCUUAACACUGACACUCUUAAGAAGCCUAGUGAUCUUCAAGCUCAUAGUAAUGCCAAAGUUUCUAACACUAGCCAUUCACAUAGUAAACAUUCUAGUUCCUCAAAGUCCCAUUCCAGUUCCAAACACUCCAGUAAGGACAGAGAGAGUAAAUCUUCAAGCCAUUCCCACUCUAAUUCCAAGUCACACUCCGGCAGCCACUCCCACGGGGAAUCUAAAUCUUCUACCACAGCACAUUCUGAUUCAAGUACUAAACACUCAAAAUCCUCGAACAAGGAACACUCUGAGCCUAGUUCUAAGCACUCUAAGUCCGAGGGUCAUUCAAGUUCUAAAUCUUCAAAUAAGGAACAUAAGGAGCAUAAGGAACAUAAGGAGCAUAAGGAACAUAAGGAACAUAAGGAACAUAAGGAAUAUAAGGAACAUAAGGAACACUCUGAAUCUGGCACUAAGCAUUCAAAGUCUGAUGGCCAUUCGAGCCACAAAUCUUCGAGUUCUCACUCUCAUGGCUCCAAGUCUUCUAAAUCAAAAUCAGGCCACCACCGCUCCCACAGCAGCGGUAAAAGUCACUCCCAUGGCCACUCGCACAGCUCAAAACACCAUCACUCUAAGUCAGACCCGAGUCACAGUCACUCUCAUGAGAGUGCCAGUCAUACUCAGACCCUGCCAAACCCUAAGACCAGUCAGUCCAAGACUAGCCCCGGGUCUAGCAAGUCUCUUAACAUCCCAGUGACCGCGCAGCCACCAACUAGUCCAAGCAAUACAUUACCCAAAACUAGCUCUAGCUCACAACAUUCCUUGCACACGCCAAAAUCUGUCCAGCCAAAAACGAGUCCGAAUGCAAGCAGGUCCCCGUCUAGUUAUAGCACAGGCCAACCAGAGGCGAGCACGAGUGCUACACCGGCGCUCCCCCCUCCCCCAUCCCCCAGCGACGUCCCAAACGUUCGGGCCCUCAUCAAUUUCUACGAAAACAGUCUCUACUCCUUAGCUUCCAUGAACACUCCUAUCUCCCUCACCGCUCGCAACGCUCCCAGCUCCCAGUUCCCACCGAGUCGCAACGAUGAAGAAGACCAAGAUGAACGGUAUUCUCGUCCUCACUCAUCAAGCAACUCGCGAAGGAGGGCGAACGACGCCCCUCGACCCAUAGUUCCCUUAAACGCCCACCCUCAUCCAUUGGCCGCCCUCAAUACGCCCACUAGUCAUCCACGCCGGGCCCAUUAG